AUGCGCGCCUCCGCUGAGAUUUCAGCUUCGAUUGCAGCACUAAAGGCAAAUCCGUUUCACAAGCUCUUCAACCCUUCCUGGAAGCAGCCUCGAACUAGAAUCUCGUGUCUUUCCGACAACAGGGGCCAACAUCAAGAAGGAGAGAAGCGGUACCUUUACGUAUCUGUCGGGGGUGGUCUCAAUCAGCAACGAAGAGGAAUUGCCAACGCAGUGGUUGUUGCAAAGAUUAUGAAUGUCACUCUCAUUGUUCCCAAAUUAAUCGUACAUCCAGCCUGGGGAGACCAAAGCAAGUUCUCAGAGAUUUUCAGUGUCCCGCACUUCGUUCAGACCCUGAAGAAAGAUGUGGAAGUGAUUGAGUAA